UCGCUGAGGGGAGGAGAGGGGUAACUUUGACAACGCUGGUGUGAUAACGCUCCUACUGAGGCGCUUUCAGUAUAAAUGAGUCCAGUCACUGAGCUGGCGUCAGUUUUUUAUGUAUUUUUUGUUGUUUGUUUGGUUUCGGUUUUUUUUUUUUUUGUAGAAAGUUUAAUCCUUCCUCAAAGCGAGCGGCCCGCUAACCGCCUACUGAAGCGUGUGGCUGGGGAAUGAAACAGCUGAGAUUUAGCUUUCCAGGUGCCGCUUUGCACCUUCGUUACCUCUGUGUUUACAGGAAAUGCUGCUAAAAGAAACUGGGAGGUGCGUACACACAUUUCCAGCAACGUGUGCCCCUACACUGUGAGAAAAGGCAGUUCCACAGUUCAUCACAGCAUCCUUUCUAUCGCUAUUCUUCCUUUGCCAAAGAAAGAAAUACUUACUUUUGCCACAGGAAGCAAAAUAAUACAUGUUGUGAAUCACUGAGGUGAGCUGCUAGAGGAGGUCAUAAAUAAAGACCCAGUUCUCAGAAGCAUGCUUCACCAGUAUGGAUCAAGCUACGUGACUUACGUGCUUAUCGGGCAAAGGUCUCUCAACGUUUCUCAUUAAAUGGAGCUUGUGGAAGAGUUAAAGGCAGUGUCUUAGGAGGAAUCACAACAGAUGAAGCUCAAUAGCUGGAGACUGGUUUUCCCCAUGAUGGAUGGAUUAGAACAAAGAUGGAAAGACAAGAAAAGUAUUGAGCAUCUCCAAGGAACCAGAAACCAAUGUGACAGAAAAUAUGAGCUCUCUCAGAAACUUUUUUCUUUACAAGUGUCUGUUUGCAUUAACUUUUUGGAACCGUAUCAGCCUGUCUGUGGAAAAUGAACUCUUUACAUCUGUUUCUAACAAUUUUCCAGAAGAUGGUUCUGACAAAAAAAUCAAGAGCCUGCCACUCCUGCGUACAAAUAGUCAUCAGUCCAAAGCUAAUUUUGAAUGGGUUGUAAUACAAAAUAGUACGGAAAGCCUGUCACUGUCAGAAAUCACAAAUGACAAUGUAGAGAAAUUGGUAGCUUUAUUAUCUAAUUUCAGACAAGGCUCCAGGUUACAAAAUCUGACGCUGACAAAUGUGUCAGUGGACUGGAAUGCUCUUAUGGAAAUUUUUCAGACUGUAUGGCACUCAUCCAUUGAAUACUUAAAUAUUAAGAGUGUAACACAAUUAUCAGACAUCAGAAAUUAUAACUUUGACUAUUCAGGUACCUCUAUGAAAGCAUUGACAGUGGAGAAAGUUUUAAUCACAGAUCUGUACUUCACACAGAAUGACCUAUACAAAAUAUUUGCAGACAUGAAUAUUGAAGCUUUGACGAUAGCUGAAUCGGAUAUGAUACAUAUGCUGUGUCCUUCCUCUGACAGUCCCUUUAGAUACUUAAAUUUUUUAAAGAAUGAUUUAACAGAUCUUCUUUUUCAAAAAUGUGACAAAUUAAUUCAACUGGAGACAUUAAUCUUGCAGAAGAAUAAAUUUGAGAGCCUGUCUAAGGUAAGCUCCAUGACCAGCCGUAUGAAAUCACUGAAAUAUUUGGACAUGAGCAACAACUUGCUGAGUCACGAUGCAGCUGAUGGGCAAUGCCAAUGGGCUGAGUCUCUGACAGAGUUGGACCUGUCCUCAAAUCAGUUGAUGGAUGCCGUUUUUGAGUGCUUGCCAGUCAACAUUGAAAAACUCGACCUACAGAACAAUCAGAUCAACAGUGUGGCCAGGGGGACGGCUGAGCUGAAAUCCUUGAAAGAGCUGAACCUGGCGUCAAACAGGCUGGCUGACCUGCCGGGGUGCAGUGGCUUUCCGUCCCUGGAGUUCCUGAACAUAGAGAUGAAUUCAAUCCUCACCCCGUCUGCCGACUUCUUCCAGAGCUGCCCAAGGGUCAGGGAGCUACAAGCCGGGCACAACCCGUUCAAGUGUUCCUGUGAACUGCAAGACUUUAUCCAUGUGGAGAGGCAGUCUGGGGGGAAGCUGUUUGGCUGGCCAGCGGCAUACGUGUGCGAGUACCCAGAAGACUUGCGAGGAACACAGCUGAAGGACUUCCACCUGACUGAACUGGCUUGCAAGUUUCAUGCAUUUGUUUCAUACAGCGAGCGCGAUGCAUUGUGGGUGAAGAACGAGCUGAUCCCAAACCUGGAGAAGGGGGAGGGCCGUGUACAACUGUGCCAGCACGAGAGAAACUUUAUCCCCGGCAAGAGCAUUGUGGAGAACAUCAUUAACUGCAUUGAGAAGAGCUACAAGUCGAUCUUCGUGUUGUCUCCCAACUUUGUGCAGAGUGAGUGGUGUCACUAUGAGCUGUACUUUGCCCAUCACAAAUUAUUCAGUGAGAAUUCCAACAGCUUAAUCCUCAUUUUACUGGAGCCGAUCCCUCCAUCUAUUGUCCCUGCGAGGUACCACAAGCUGAAGGCUCUCAUGGCGAAACGAACCUACCUGGAGUGGCCAAAGGAGAGGAGCAAGCGUGCCCUUUUCUGGGCUAACCUGAGAGCCGCUAUUAGCAUUAACCUGCCAAUGGCUGAUGGAAGGAGGUGUGGGGAAACAGAUUAAGAAUCUUUCCAAUGGAUUUUCUUCUGUUUUUUCUUGGUGAAGCAAUACAUACUUUAUGAUUUCCAUUGGUUGUCAAUGUAACAUUUUGUUACAGAACCUUCUUUCUACAUACUUGUCUAUGCUCGCUCCUAACUGUAGGCAAAAUUCAACUCACCUUACUGGAAGUGUCUUGAGGCUGAUAAUAAAGAUAGCAAGUCAAAGAUGAGUUUGGAUGUGGAUUUUGAAAUACAGCUAGAAAUACCAUAGUGAUUUUUUUCUCAGCAGAAUAAAAUCUGGAGCACUUGGUAUAGUCAUGUGGAAGAGUGCUUGAGUUGCUGCAGAGUUUGCAGAGCUGCAUUCAUCACAAGGCUUAGGCAGCUUGGUCACAGGACCUUUUUUGCUGAAAGUAGGUUGCAAGAAAGAAAAUUACACAUCCUAAGAAGAUGUCUAGAAGUCCAGAGCUUGAGAUGAUUCCUGGGUAGUGUUUUCUCUGAUGAUCAUAGCAAACUUCUUCUUUGCCCCCAGAAGGGCAGGUGUUUGCUGUCUGGAACACCAGACUUAAAUGACCAGCAAGCAGGAAGUUUUCCUUUCAAAAAUGCAUUUCAACAUGAAGACGAGAGGAGAAGGGAUGUUAAGAUGAAAUCCUCACUUAGUAUAGAAUGUUUGCAUUUUAUCUCGUUCUUGACUUCCGUUCUUAUUAACAAAAGACUUUAAUUUUUAUUUUUAUUUUGCCUGAGGUCUAAGCAGGCUGAGGUCUCUUGACGUCAGGUCUUGAACUGUGAGCGACUAUUUAAUGAUUUUUUGGGGAAAGGUAAAAUUUAACACCUUUAGCUCUCUCAAAAUUAAUAUAACACACCUAUUACCAAAUUGCAGGCAUUUCAUUCAGGACUGCAGAAAUCAAUGUUUUCUGUGUUUCCUCCUUCCCCUCCAAUUAAUGCCUCAGUGUAUGACUCGUUUAACCCUUAGAAAACUGAAGAUGAACAUACUUAAAUUGGCUUGCCUAUCCCUUUCACACAACCAGGGACAGCUGGGUUGUUACACAGUGGCUUGCUUGAAAAUUUUCUUUGAAAGCCUCAGAGUUUUAGGUCAGCAGCCCUUGAAACUUCUGUAUGCAGUUAACAUCACCUGUUCUGUGUGAAGCUUUUAAGAACUCAUAUGGCUUCUUCUGCUGGCCGGAGGAUAGAGAAACCCUCUGAAAGUCCAAGUGUGCAGGAAAAUCCUUCCUGCUACUCAGAUGGGAGUGCACAGCUGUUGCCAAAAAUUAAUUAUUUCUUUCAGAAGUGGAAGGUUUUAGCAGGGGUUUGCUUGCCACUUUGGAAAGAACUUGGGAACUAUGUGACCUCUGGCAGUGUAGCUGAUGCAAUCAUAAGCAGAAAUAUAUAAUUACAGGUUUCUGGUGUAUGUCCAAAAUCAUUUUGUGAAUGAUGUUGGAAAGGGGGGCUUGUAAUGAGCGUGGGGAGCAAUUAAAACUUGUACUUUGGAACCAGAAGCCCACAUACUAUUAGGUUUUUGUACAUGCUAUGUGCCAGAUAAUUGACAAAACAGGUACCUGUGUAGUGAAUGACUGCAUCUGGUUUCUCUGAUUCCACAGGAGAGAAUGUGUCUCAAGCAAUGCAUACCAGAAUAUUUAAAACAAUUAUUUUAGCCUCCACCAUACUCUGAACACUUUCUAUAAAAGCAGUUUUAGUCCAAGAAUAAGUUUUUCCUGUGCGUGAGCCCAUGUGUUAGUCUCCCAGCCCAUGUCAGCCACUCUAUCUCCGCCCUGGUGAUGUGAGUCUGCAACUGGUUCUGCUCUGAAAGCUGUGGCUGCUGAUGCACUCCAGGUAUCAGGAAAAGGGAGUAUGUAAACAUAUUCUGAUGUCAGAUACUGUAUCAGAGCAGA